CUCUGGACUUAAAUAGAGCAGCACAUCCUUGGCUCAGACGUCUUGCAGUAAUCACUGCUGCUGUUCUACAGAGGACUCGUCUGAUUGUUUAUGUUUGCUUGACACUUUAAAUAAAGUUCAAAGGUAAAUACUUCUAGAGAAAAUCAAGCAUCUAAAUUUUACACCUGCAGAGCCGACAUCAAACACACAGAUCACCGACUGCAUCUUUUGUGAUUUGAAGUAAACUCCUAUCAUGGCGAACAGAUUAAGUGAUGCAUCAUCAUCUUUAAAUGAUUUAAUCAUGAAAGGUCAGAUGCUCAAUCCAGGCCCUCCAGCGCGUUACCGUCUUUACACAACAAGAAGUGAUUUAGAGAAGGAUGGCAAGAUCAGAAAAUGGACAUUUGGGCAGAAAUAUGAUAAUCCGCAAAACAAAACAGUCCUGAUGGUGGGAGAAACUGGAACAGGCAAGACCACUCUGAUCAACACCAUGGUCAAUUACUUUCUGGGGGUGAAGUUUGAGGAUAAAGUGUGGUUUGAGAUCACAGAUGAAGAAAAGAGAGCUCAAACAGAAUCUCAGACAUCAGAAAUCACUGUUUAUGAGAUCAAUUCUGAUGAGAAACACUCCUCUCUUACCAUCGUUGACACUCCAGGUUAUGGAGACACCAGGGGAAGAGAUAAGGACACUGAAAUCGCUCGAAACUUACAUCAGUUAUUGAUUCAUGGUACUGGAGUGAAGGAGCUUGAUGCCGUGUGUCUUGUACUGAAAGCAUCUCAGAACAGAAUCUCAGACAGACUGCGCUACAUUUUUGAAGGAGUUCUGUCCUUAUUUGGUAAAGACAUAGAGGACAUUAUAGUGCUGUUUAUUACACACUCAGAUGGAGGACCACCAACAAAUGUUCUGCAAGCCAUCGAGAAAGAAAAGAUCCCCUGUUGUCACGAUGAUGAGAAUGAACCUGUUCAUUUUCUAUUCAACAACCGUCAGUCUGAGAAAAGGACCAAAAGAUACGAGUAUGUUUACAAAUCAUCUUGGGAAAUGGGGGAAAGUAGUUUGAAGGAAUUUUUUGAAUUCCUGAAAUCACGUCAGGCAAAAAGCUUAACAAUGACUGUAAGUGUCCUAAGGGAGCGUUUGCAGCUUGAGGCCUGUGUUGAGAGUCUGAAGGAACGCAUCACGUUCACGGAAGCAAAACAGAAAGAACUGGCUGAAGCUCAGAAAUCUCUGAAACUGAACAAAGAAAAGAUUGAGAACGGUGAAGAUUUUACUAUGACUGUCACGAUAGCUUACAAAGAGAAAGUCGAUAUUACAAAUGCUUCAUGGUGGGACCAAAAGGCGACCUCCUGUCGUGAAUGUAAAGAGAACUGUCAUGAGUAUAACUGCUGGGCUGCCAUAAAUGCCGCAUGGUGCCACGUUAUGGAAGGUAGAAAUUGCACGGUGUGUAAUUGCCCUGACAGCAAACACGUCAGAGAGGCCAGGAAAUAUGUCAUAAAGCAGAGAAAGGAAGUAGUCACAUUUGACCAACUGCUAAAGAAAUAUACAAAUAAAGACAACGCCACUUAUGAUGAAGAAUGUUUCAGAAAAAUGGAAACAAAGCAUGGAAAAUUACUGAAAACGAACAAAAAAAUGGCAGACCUAGACACCAGCCUGAAAAGGCUCCGUGCUGAGAAUGAAGAGCAGAAGAAGAGCUUGGUGAAAGACGCCUAUAUGGCAAUCGUAAAACUGUCUGAGAUUGCGUUAAAACCAAACUCUGCUUUCACCAUUCAGCACCUUGACUUCUUGAUUCCUCGAGUUGAAGAAGCUGGAACAGCAGAGUGGGUUCAGAAACUGAAGAACAUGCAGAGAGAAGCCAGAGAAUCAACUAAAUCUGCAGUGGGGUAUUUCAGGAGGGUGGUGGGUUUCUUUAGUGGAAAAUAACAGGAUUUGAGUUGAACUCUAUGGUAAUGGCACCAAGAGUUCAUAACAGAACACACAAAAUGCAGAAUCUGUAUUCAGUCUAUGACUCAGUUUUGAAAAGGCAGUGUAUUUAGAAUCCAUUUCAAAGUGUAUUUGUGAGGAGAGGGAUAUUUAGCUUUUAUUCAGUUUUUAUUCAGUUACAUUUUAGUCAAUGACAUUUCAUUAUUUGUUCCUGUUUUGUGUUUCAUGAUAACUAUUAGCAUAACUAUUUCAUUGUCACUGGUCACACCUCUUUAGCUUUAGCUUUUGAUUUUAGUACAUUAUUAUUGGCACUGUUUUAUUUUUCUUACCUGUUUUGUUCUUUGUUCUUUUGUUUUGAUUGUAGGUUUUCAGACAUUACUGCAUGUGACUGAGAAUGUGUUAGCUGACUAUGAAGUUAAGGGAACAAGAUGAGCUGUAUAGACUUAUUUAUAUCAAAUUCAUCAGAUUAUAUCAAAUUUACUGCCUUUAGAGUAGCAGCCAUAGACUCACUGCUCUCUUUUUGUCUAGUGAUAUUACAAAAUAUCAUCUGUACUGUUUCUCUGUGUAGGAGCUUAAUCUUCAUUUACUGCUACUUGUGUGUAACCACGAAUGGUUUAUUACAGGAGAACCAGUUUGGGCCAGUGAGAAAGUGACAGGCCUGUUUAAAGUCUUUGUAAAACAACAUAUGAAAUAAAGCCAACUUUCUCCUAAAAUUAGACGACUC